AUGAACGGGUUGGCAUUUGAUUCCAUCGAACCUCUAGUCGCUCUUGCCUGCUUCUCCACCAUCAACUCCUCCCCUCCUCUCCUACACGCCGUACGUCGGAUUGCCGUCCUCGCCCACACCCAACUGCAACCGACGCACGCCCAUUGCGCUUUCUACCACUCUCCCAUACGACCGACCGGGUAUGGGCACCUUCUUCAACCGCCUCAUCCCCUCCGAUCCGUCAAGCGCAAUUCAGAGGACUUCCACAUACGCGCCGACGAACCCCACCGCACCUAUUCUGCAGGCGACCAUGUCCAAGGAGCCGUAAUCCUCGUCGUCACGAAACCCUUUCGCAUCACCCACCUCGUAGUCGCCCUCCAUGGCUUCGUCCGUGUCUGGAAGGGCCCUUCUGCCCUCGACGACCGCCCCAUUCCAUCCGGCACCUCUCGCGACCAACUUCCUCCAAAGGGUUAUGCUUCCCUCUUCCAGGACGAGCAGGUGCUGAGCGGCGACGGUAGAUUGGAUGUUGGGAGAUACGAGUUCAAGUUUGAUUUGGUCUUCCCCACCAAAAGUGACCUCCCAAGCAGCAUCGACGUACGUGCCUACCACCUUGGACUCCCCUUCUCCUCCCCCCCGCCGCGCGCUCCUACGCCUCCCAACUCUAACCCCCACCGGCCGUCAUCUGACGUCGAAUCGGUCGUCCCAUCCAUCCUAUCCGAAGAACCUGUCCAAGAACCUCUGCCCAUCAGCCAGCAAACGAGUACCGAGUUAGCGGACACCCGGAGUGUCGUGAGUGGUGAGAGCAACUUCACGGGAAGCACGGGCCUGAGCCUGCCUGCAGCCGAGGUUCUUUCGCAGACAUCCACCCCCGCGAUAGCACGAAGCGCAAGUGUUGCCAAGCUUCAGGCGGUUGACGCCAAAACGAUAACAACGACUAUCGAGCUGCUGAGAGCAGGAUGCCUCCCUGGCGAUACGAUACCGGUGAGGACAGUCGUGCCCCUCAUCAUCGACCCUCAUCAAUUCCAGAGCAGCGAGGCGGCACCAACAAGGUUCGGCGUUCUGGGCGCAGGCGCAACCAACGAGACAAACACAUCGUACACUUCGUGGUCAACCAACAUCAUCAACACGGAGCAUUUGCGGCGUGAGAAGGGCGUCAUUUCCGACGGCCUAGAGAUUAUUGUAGGAACGCUAGAUACCGCACGUCCUGCCCGACGUCAGUCAUCUCACGGAGAAGGAGAGGGUACGGUUCGAAGAGCAGAGGCUUCUCCCGAGCGCCCCACCGGUGGAACCCGAGGCGUCAGGGUCUGCCCCUCUCCUGCUGCCCCUUCUGCCCCUCUUGAUGAUAACAUUUACGACGCUGACGAUUUACCUGGGCCAUCCGCACCGCCUCUUUCUGCGUUUGACGAUCCCGAUGGUGUGCAAUCGCCCUCUGCACCGACUUUCGAUAAUCCUCACUUUGCAAUCGCCGGGCCAAGCCAACCUGGAGAGCCAAAUCAUACCGAGACCAGGACGGAUAAACAGGAGAUGGAACGGCAAAGGCUUCUCAACGAAGCCAGUGCCCCACCUGAUUUCCCAGAUGACUGUGAACCUUCAGGCAGCGGCUUAGCCACGGCACCCGCCGUGGCCGAGGACGAGCCUACGGCCCCAGUAUUUUCAGACGAGGAUGAAUAUGGCCCUCACUUUUCAUACAGCAACGAAGUGGCGCACCCCAACCGACAGCACAAUCAUGCUGAGCCACUUCCCAAAUACGAGCGUUGA